AUGUUUAAAUCAUCAGCUUCUCUAACAAAUAAAGUCAGAUUUCCAUCUGUUUUCACAAAUAUUGUGAUUAAUUCAAAGCCUAAGCAAGAAAAAAUGAGUGAAUAGGAAAUAUAGAGACAUGGCGGGAUUCAAAUACACGGAGAAGUCAUAAUAAAUAAAGAUUCCAAUAUUUUGCUGCCAUAAUAAAAUGAUUAUGAAAAUCCACGAGUUACACUUGGUGUAAUUGGAUCCAGAAUUGUCAGAUUUUGUGAAGAACAAAUAAAUAUUGUCGAGUACAUUGAUGCAGAAUUCUGGAUUUAUGAGGAAUCUCAAUCAGAAAAAGGUUAUCAAAUUUCUCUCAAUAAUUCAAUCUGUCUCUUGAUAAUAAUGUUUCCAACUUACAGAGAACAGCAAUAGUGGUCUGAGAUUAUAAUGAAAUUUACUGUUAAACUUGGAUUAAAAGAUGACUUCUCCUUUCAAAGAUGUCUUGGCUCUGGUGUGUCUUCUAAAGUAAAUUUGGCAACAGAAAAAGGAAAGUUACUGGGAAAGCAGUUUGCUGUCAAAACUAUUAAGAAGACAUAUUUUAAGGAAUCAUCAGUCAACUUUGAAAGUGUAAUAAGGGAAACUAGAAUUCAAAGGCAUCUUACAGGAUGUGAUAAGGUUAUGUAAAUGUUUGCAAUAUAUGAGGAUUUGCAGCAUGUUCACUUAGUCUUAGAAUAUUUGCGUGGAGGUACAUUGAGGUCUUAUUUUUCCAAAUUUCCUCAACUUAAUGAAUAAUUGCUUAAAAAGGUUAUGUCUUAACUCAUCACCAGUCUUUAACAAAUUCAUGAAAGAGGUGUUGUGCAUAGAGACAUUAAACUAGACAAUAUAUUAGUUGGGAAUUUUGAUGAAGAAAAUAUAGAAGUUAAGAUAGCUGAUUUUGGAUUAUCUGAUUAAAUUAUAUAUCCAAUGACAAUGCUUCAUUAAAGGUGUGGAAGUCCUGGAUAUAUUGCACCAGAAAUACUCAGGUCUGAAGGAUAUAAUUUCAAGGCUGAUAUAUUCAGUAUGGGUUCAGUCUUUUACAAUAUUUUGGCCAAGAAGGGACUCUUUGAGGGAAUGUUCAAAGGUGGAUUGAAAGAGUUUCUUAUUGCUAACAGAGACUGUAACUUGGCUCAUGUUCCUGCUAGACUCAAGGAAUCUGUUCCAGGAGCAAAGGAAAUUACUAUAAAAAUGUUAGCAAUAAAACCUGUUGAUAGACCUACAGCGGAAUAAUUGCUAAGUAUGCCAUGGAUAGCUUAAUAUGAUUAUUCAAUAAUGAGUGUUGAUGAACACAUUGAGAACUUAUUAGUCUAAGUACCAUGUCUAGUUCAAGUAUGGGCUGAGGACAACAUGCAAUCAAUUCUCAUCGGUAACUUUAAUUUUCAUGAUCCCAAGUCAAUUCAAUCGGGUGGAGCAAGUUUUAUCCAGAGUUGUCAUAAUGGUAGUCCUUCUAUUAAAUAGCCAGAAGGUCCAAAUAAGAAGUUUGCACCUAUGUCACCGCAUGAUUAAAUGAGAUUAAAGCCUCACCAUUUUGGAUAAUUUGGAAAAAAGAAUACAAAUGAAAAUAUGGGCAGCAGACUGAAUCUUUCAAAUUAAAAACUUCUUUAAAGACCAAUUAGUAUAUAAAGAAAUGCUUCUGACUUAAAUGCCGCAGUCGACUUUCAUAUUAUAAGCUAGCAUGCGUUAGGCCAGGACAAAGAUCCUUAAAGACCAAUUUCAAUGAUUUAUAAUCAAGGGUUUAAUUCAAAUAUGCAAAAUUUCUACUCAAAUCAGAAUUAAAGACCUCCAAAUAAUGAAAUGCCUAAUGAAAAAGAUGAGUGUAGUAUGCAGGCUGAAAUGCCAGAUUUUACUGAGAGGAAAAAUUAAGUGCAAACUGUUUAUUGUAGUAUUAAAGUUGGUAAAUAUAAAAAGGAAAGCUAUCAAAUGAAGGAAGUUAUAGCGAACCCUUAGAUUAAGCAGAAGAGAUUCUUCGUUGAUUUAGAUGACUAGGACUAUGGUAAGAAAGUUCUUCAUACCUAUUAGUACUGA